AUGGCAAUCCACAUGGAGAUGACUCCCAUAAGAGGUUCAUCAUGGAAUGUACAAGACCAAGACCAAGACCAACCACAAGAGCAAGAACAACAACAGCAACAACAACCCACCAACAAAAUUCCAAGGCAACGCAACCGACGAUUGUCAUUAAGUGAGGCCACGUGUGACAUGGCUUGGGAGAGACAACGACGCCAGAGUCUCCGUGAUGGGCGUAAGAAGAACGGAAACAACAUGCACAUAAAUCAUAGUUCGAAUUGUUUGACGGACGAGGAUAUGAAGGAACUUAAAGGGUGCAUUGAGUUGGGAUUCGGGUUUAAUGAGGAAAAGUUGGCGGAGAAUGGACCUAAACAUAGGCUGCGUCACACGCUUCCCGCGUUGGACCUCUAUUUUGCAGUUAAUAGACAGAGUUUCUCUAGAAGCCCAAUAAUGUCUCCUACGGAAAAUAGGGAAAACAACUUGGUCGAAGGAUGUGGUGAUGAUGAUCAAUGGAAACUUUGCAAUGCAGGUGAUAGUCCUCAAGAAGUGAAGACAAAGCUAAGGCAUUGGGCUCAAGCCGUUGCUUGUUCUGUGAGGCAGACGUCUUGUUAA